AUGGUCAAGGAGCAGUCCAAAAGUCAACUACCAGGAAGACUGACCAAGGAAGGAGCAAGAGGUGCUUUGGAUAAGCUCAAGUACCUGGGCGAGUUACUCUGGGUUCCAACACCCUCCUCCUCUCCCGCCUCCGCAAUGGCCCCUCCACCCCAGGCCCUGCAUGUGAAUACUCCACUGCGGGACAGCACCCCUCUCGCCCAACUGGCUGGCACCAAGGUCUACCUAAAACUGGACAGCGCACAACCCACCGGCUCCUUUAAGAUACGGGGCAUUGGGCACUUCUGUAAAACGUGGGCCGAGCGAGGCUGCCGGCACUUUGUCAGCUCCUCAGGGGGAAAUGCAGGCCUUGCGGCUGCCUAUUCUGCUAGAAAACUGGGGAUUCCCGCUACCAUCUACGUGCCCACCUCUACCCCAGCUUUCACUGUCCAGCGCCUGAAAGAUGAGGGCAGCACCGUAUGUGUCGAGGGAGAGAUGCUGGCGGACAGCACAGAAGCAGCCCAGGAGCUGGUGAAGAACAACCCCGGCUGGGUCUACGUGCCGCCAUUUGAUGAGCCUCUGAUCUGGGAAGGACAUAUGUCCCUGGUGAGAGAAAUAAAGGACCAGAUGGACUCCAAGCCCGGUGCGCUGGCACUCUCGGUAGGAGGCGGUGGGAUGCUGUGCGGGGUGAUCCGGGGCCUGCGUGAAGUGGGCUGGGGCGACGUCCCCAUCAUCGCGAUCGAGACCAAGGGGUCCCACAGCCUCAAUGCUGCCCUGAUGGCUGGGAAGCUGGUGACACUUCCAAAGAUGACCAGCGUUGCAACCACCCUCGGAGCAGCCACGGUGGCGGCAGAGGCCCUGAAGCUCGCACAGGAACACCCCGUCUUUUCGGUGGUCGUCACGGAUCAAGAGGCAGUGAGAGCCAUUGAGAAGUUCGUGGAUGACGAGAAGAUCCUGGUGGAGCCAGCGUGUGGGGCUGCCUUGACAGCGGUCUACAGCGGGGUGGUCAAAAGGCUGCAGGCUGAAGGCAAACUGAGCCCGCGGCUGGACUCGCUGGUGGUUAUUGUGUGCGGGGGAAACAACAUAACGUUGGCACAGCUGCAGCACCUCAAGGAACAGCUGGGCAUCGAGAGCUUUGCAGACCAAACGGAGCAGGACUUGGAGGAGGAGGAGGAGGAGGAGGAGGAGGAGGAGGAGGGCCAGCUUGCCAUGGCCAUGUGGGAUGUCUCUUCACAAAGCAAGGGUGGAAUUUUAUCCCGGGCUUCUCUCCGAGCAUGUUGGAAACCAUGCACCUAUUAA